GUGGUCAGCAUGCCCGCCGUCGCGCCCUUCUCGUCCGUAUCACUAGCAUGUCCUCGUCUUCUGAGGCACGAUAUACCUGCGAGAUUGUCUUCCACCGCGCGACUAACGUGCCGGUCGCAGACCUCAACGACCUUUCUUCCGACCCCUAUGUCAACGCUACCCUCACCCCUCUCCACAAUCUCACCGGAGACGCCGGGCCGCCCUCUGUGCAAUCACUAUCGUUCCGCUCACAGACAAGUCGCAAGACUCUCAACCCGACGUUCACCAACGCGCGAUGGCUCGUCUCUGGCAUCCCCGCCUCUGGCUUUGCUCUCACUCUCUGGCUGAUGGACGAGGACCCAGGCGACCACGACGACAAGCUGGGCAGAACCGUCAUACCUAUCCCAGGAUCUGAGGGCUCGGUACUCAGGGAGGGCUGGGACACCGGCGAGCGAGAACAUAAGAUUCACAAACGACAUGGAGGCUUGAGGACGCGAAUGAACACAUACUUGGCUAGGAUGUUCACCCGAGGACGCGUACGGCAUCAAGUGCGGGUCUACGUGAGCGUGCGUGUGCUUGGACCUGCACCUCGUCUCGAGGGAGACAAUGCGAAUCGGAUAUAUACCCUCGGACCUCACAUAUUCGUCCGGCACUUCUCCCUGCUGGCGGCGCGCCUCGCUUCCGUCCAGUCGUUCAAGGCGACCCGCCUUCAGCUUAUAGGACCUGUUCCAUCCGCGUUGCGCCAUCGCUACGUUGGCUUCAAGCCUUUCGUCAAGGCUAUGUUUCGCGCGAAGGGAAUCGAAGGCAUGGCCUUGCACCGCGCUCUCCACCAGCAACAUAGCGCCAUCUACAAGUGGGACAAGGACACCAUAUGGGGAGUCGUGGAGGAGCAACCCGGGCUCGAAGGAGAAGAUAAGGGACGAAAAGGCGGCGAUGACGUGCAUUUCGCCGGAAAGGUGGGGCCAAACAACGAGAAGCCUGACGAGGCGUUCGCGAGGAAGUUCCUAGACCUGGUUGAGUAUGGAACAGAGGGUCGGGUCUUCACCUACGUGAUCAUGCUCGACGGGCAAUGGCGCUUCACGGAAACUGGCGACGAGUUCGCGGUCCAAUUCCUGAGCAAACAUACGAUGCAUUCCGACGUCUCCAUCGAGAUCGCCUACAGCGGCGAAUUCUUCGUCCGCCGCAUGCGGGAGACCAACGCUCCUCGCCAGCCUCAGCCAAACGGUCAUACGAACGGCGACGCGCACCACCUCGACACGCAUGGCGUCAUCGAAGAUGAUCCUGACCAGGACGAUGGGCCCAGCGACGAGCACGCGUCCCAGCCUCAGGACGAUCGUGCAGACCCAAGCUCUCUUCCCCCAUCUGCAUAUGAACUCGUGAUUGACAACGACUCGGGCACGUACCGCCCGCGCAAAGACCUUCUCCCCGUACUCGAGGCGUUUCUCGCUCGACCCUCCAACCUCGGCGCGCUCGGCCGUGUCCGUGCACUGGACGGGUUCGACGACCGCCUCAAGCGUUGGAAGGAGGAGCGUAAGGAGGAGAAACGCCAGGCGCGGGGCGCGGGCACGGGAACGACUGCAGGCAAGGGGAAGGGGAAGGGAAAGACGCAGGAGGUGCCGGUGCUGCGCCCCGCAAGCGUCAGCUCGAGCAGCUCAGGCUCGAGCUCGCACGACGCGGGCGCUAUAGAGGCGGCUGCUGGGGAUGCGGCGAAUGAGAGGGCGAAGGUCGAGGAGCAGGAACAGCAGGUGCAGAAGGCGAUGGAGGAGGAUGCGAAGAGGGCGCAGGAUAACCAGGACCAGGAUCCGGCUGCCAAGGAAGAGGAAAAGGAGGAUGCAGAGCCCAAGACGCAGAGUUGA